AAAUGGUGCCAAGGAUUAGACAGCUGACUAGCUAUAGUAACGCAUUCUUGAUGGCCUACCUGUCUAAUUCGUGAAAGAAAAGACGUGUUGCCAUCAUGACUGACGAGUUGACGAAUCUAAACUGGCUCUGCUCCAUAAGCACUCCGAAAUCAUGCGGCGGAUCAGUUUUAUCCCCCAUGAGAUCGAGACGUCCUUCCGAAGAUACAACAGGAGAAAAAAGAAUGAAAAUCUUGAUGCCCUCGGGACCAUUGCAAAUAAAGUCCUUUCCUCAUAGGAGACCCCAUCUUGGUUGCUAUGCUGAAGAAGGAAAGCAGUUAGGAAACAUUACCAGCUAUUUCUCCAGACCUCCUUGCUCUUACUCAUGUCUCAUAGCUAUGGCUCUUAAAGCCAGCUCGAGUGGCUGUCUACCAGUACAUGAAAUCUAUCGCUUUGUUGAACAAGAGUAUCCAUUUUACAAGUCAGCACCAGAAGGAUGGAAAAACUCUAUUCGUCACAACUUAUCCAUGAAUCAAAACUUCAUAAAGGUUCAACGUCCUGAUGGGUUCCAAACAAAGAAAGGUUACUACUGGGCAGCUAAUCCCAGCAGACAACACAUCCUUGACCUUGAGAUUGAGCGAGCUCUGAAGACAAUGGGCAGAGAACUUGUAGAGAACAUUGACAUUAGACCAAGGACUCCGAUUUGUUCUGUACAAGUUCCACAUGAGAAAACCAUUAUUAAAGAGGAGAUGACUCACUUCUCUCAGCUACCUGACAUUGCUACUGCUGGAAAUGACACAGUGACUCAAAGCUCCCUGGAGCAAUUGAACACUGUUGCUGGCAUCAAGACAUCAAUGCUGAGACACUUUCCUGUCAUCAUAAAAAGAUUUGAGGAUGAUAGCAAAGUCAAUGGAGAAACUGUAUAUGAACUGAUUGGUAGUUCACUUGGUCUCAGCCUCAUUGAUACAAAUCAUAGCAUAAAGUCCUUCAACAAACAAUUGAUACCUUCUAGCAUAAAGAAGCAAGAGAGAGAAGAUGAUGACUGUCAAGAAGGGCCAGCAGCUAAAGUAUUGAUCCUUUCACAUUCUGGAGUGGACAAUGAAGAAGAAGAAGAAGAUGACAUACCUUCUUACUUAAAGCCACACUACGCCUCAUUUGAAUGCUCUUCUGCAACUGAUGUUGGAUACAAUGAGGAAACUGCAGCUUUUAGUGGAGAUUUUGGUAGCAGCGAUUCUGAAGAUGAAGACCAAAUUAUUGAAGAAUAUGUCAGCGAUGAAGAUGAAGAGCUGAAUGAAGUAUUGAAGGUUUGCGGUGAAGAAAAUUGUCUAAAGGAAGAAGAAGUAGCAGAGGAAGAAGUAGUUGUAGCAGCUAAAGACGAUGCAAAUGAAAGUGACAAGAAUGAUGAGGACAUCAAAGCAAUUUAUGUUGAUUUGUGCAAAGAUGCUGCACCUGAAGGCUUGCCAAAUAUUUCUACCAAAGAAAAGGCUUUGAGCUACUUGUACGAAGAGAAUGAAGCUGAGAGAGAGCAGUCACCAUCUCCUGAACUGCUUCAACUGGAACUUGAUGGAGAAGAAUGGUCACUACCACCUGAAGCAUUGGAGGAAGAGAACAGUCUGCUGACAAAGGAAGAUACUGACAAAUUUGGAGUGCAGCUUACCCCAGAAUAAUAAUUAUUAUGUAGAUAUCUAGAUCUAUAAAUCUUUAUUUUUGUAACAGUAAUUUUUAA